AUGCGGACUCAUACAGGAGAGAAACCGUUUGAAUGUAACUUUUGUGGGAUGAAGUUCACACAGCGCACUCCGAUGCUCAAUCAUAUCCGCAGGCACUUGGGUCAGAUGCCAUAUGCUUGUAACUACGGAUGUGGAAGAAAGUUUGUCAACAAUGCACAGAGGAACGCUCACGAGCUAAGGCACCUUGGCACGAAACGAGCAGGUCCUCCUCGUCCUCAUCUGAAACCUCCCAAGCGAACUAUUUCCAACAAAGUCCCCACGAAAUCUGACACAACAUCACGACAAUCAGAAGAGGAACGUUCCCCAAUGGUUGAUUUUGCGCCACCCGUUGGUCAGCUUGAACCACCCAUCUCCGCCACAGCCAGCAAAAGAUUGGAUGAAAUUAUUGAGUCAGUGGUAUCCGGCGUUCCUAUCAAGAAACGAAAAGUACGGCCAAAUCGUGCACCUUUGCUUGUCCAAUGCCAAAUCUGUGGCCUAAUGCUGAAGCAUGCCAGCAAAAUUCGAGCCCAUAUACGUACUCAUACCGGUGACAAGCCGUACGCCUGCAUGUAUUGCGAUGAACAUUUUGGCACAUCGGGAACGCUGAAUAUGCAUAUUAAGAGAAAGCAUACAUCAGGAGAAAGACCGUAUGCCUGCACUUGGGAGUGUGGAAAGAGAUUUGUAAGCCUCUCGACGAGAAACGAACAUGAAAGCUCCUCGAUAGGGUGGCAGCCUUUGCUAACCGUCUCAUCUUCGUAA